UGGGGCUCCCUUUGCUGCCGGGACAGGCGCAGCCCUGGUGGGCGAUGCUGGAGCCGAUCUCCCGGGAACAACGGCCCCUUGUCCCGGUCCCUGAGCCAAAGAUAGGAGCUGCAUUGAUCCCGCUGGCAUCCAGAGCAGCUGGGAACACGGGCCAAGCCCGCCGGGGACUGUGGAUAAACAGCACGUGGGCAGCGGGGCGGGCGCGGGGCACUCCGGCUUCUUGCUGCCCCAUUGGGCUCCUCUUCUUCCUCUCUCCCCUUCCCCCUCCUCCUCAGCAGAGCGCUCAAAUCCCUCAGACAGCUACUGGGCACCGCCGAAGGGCCCGGCCCAGGAGUGGGACAAUAAAAUCCCUGACACCACUGUUCAAGAGGCCUCGGGGGGGUGGAAGGCCAGGCCAGCUGCACGGGUAUAAAGCUGUCCCCGCUCCCGGCACGCCACUGCAGCACAGUUGUUUGCCAGGCUCCUCCAGCGCUCUCCAAUGGAUAUCACCAUCCACAACCCCCUGAUCCGCAGACCUUUCUUCUCUUGGUUGGCACCGAGUCGUAUCUUUGACCAGAUUUUCGGGGAGCACCUGCCGGAGUCGGAGCUGCUCCCUGUUUCCCCCAGCUUCAGCCCCUUCCUGAUGAGAUCCCCCAUCUUUCGGAUGCCCAGUUGGCUAGAGACAGGACUCUCGGAGAUGCGACUGGACAAGGACAAAUUUUAUGUGAACCUGGAUGUGAAGCAUUUCUCCCCUGAGGAGCUGAAGGUGAAGGUGCUCGGGGACAUGAUCGAGAUCCACGGGAAGCACGAGGAGCGCCAGGACGAGCACGGCUUCAUCGCCAGGGAGUUCAGCAGGAAAUACCGGAUCCCCGACGACGUGGACCCGCUGACCAUCACGUCGUCGCUGUCGCUGGACGGGGUGCUGACCGUCAGCGCUCCCCGCAAGCAGAGCGAUGUCCCCGAGCGCACCAUCCCCAUCACCCGCGAGGACAAACCGGCCAUCGCAGGCGCCCAGAGGAAAUAGGGGCUGCUCUGCUGUCCCCCAAAGCCACCCCUGCAGGGCCCUUCCAGAGCUCUUUCUGCCACCGGGUGCCGGCUGUACUGAAUGGCUGCUCGGAUUAUUUAUGCUGAGUAAGUUUACUAACGAAUAAAACCAUGGAGAAGCA